UCCUGCAAAGUUGCCAUUGAGCAGCACAUCUUUGCUGGGUGACAGAGAGCAGGUUUGCCAGGCUGACAUGAAUACCGAGGAGAUGAGAACUUUGGAUAUCAAGGAGGAGGAUCGUGAGUGGGAGUCCGUCCACGCAGUACAAGAAAAUCUGAGCAUUAAGGGUGAGGAUUGUGAACUGGGAUCAGUGGAUAUAAAAGAAGAGGCAGAGGAGAAGCCUUUCAUCCCCAACUUGCAGAAACGGGAAACAAAAGAUGACCACAUCCUAUCAGAGUCUGCCUUGGAGUUUGGGUGUCCAAGUGGCGCGGUAGUUGGAUCAGCCUUCUCUCAGAAUGGACGCCGUUCUUUUGUAGGCCAGUGUGUCAAUGUGAAGUUGGAGUCCUUCAUAUCAGAACAAGCCAGGUCUGAGGAAGUGCCAUCAGGGAGAAUACUGGAGGAUCAACCAUCAUCUGCAAGCCAUUGUGAAGAAAGUGAAGGUGUGACUGAAAGUUUACAGAAAGGCGAGUUUUCAGUCAAACACGGAGGAGACCUAAUAAGUACCGACGGCUGUCAGAGGCAACAACAUUUAUACCAUGAUGUGCAGAAGGGCCUCAUGUGUGAUUUCAAAUGUAAUGGAAAGCAUUUCUGUAAUCACGUUGAUGCUGCAAGAGAAGAUGGUUUGCUGGGAAUUUCGGUCAAUGCUAAUCGUGUUAAUCCCAACUGUAAAGUAAAGAGAAUCGCUGUGGAAGGAAAGCCACGCUUGUGUCUCUUUGCAAUCCGAGACAUCUCUCCUGGAGAGGAAAUCACAUGCGAUUAUGGCAGCGGGGACUGGCCUUGGAGAUGUAAGGUAGUAAUGAUUCAGAAUCCUCCAAAUGCAGGGAGGGCUGUGGAGUCCGUUAUGGAUGAACAUAAUUCAGCAAGUGGCUUGUCUUCCGUCAGUCAGGCUCUUCCUACUGCAAACAGGACUGUGGACGUCAAUGAAAACAAAGUUGAGAAGCCUGAAUUGGCACAUUGCUCAUCACACGAGAAGCAGGUGGACAUGGACGUUGGUGGAUCAGACUCUGACACAGUGGUCUCCGAUGAGAUGGAGAUUGAUUCUUCAGUGCCACGUGUACAGGGAACCAAACGUAUUAUACUCGCUGAGAAGAAUCUUAAUCCCGAUGCCAGUUUGAUAAAUACCCUUGAAAGCACCAACCAGGAUUGUAUUCCUAAUUCUUUAAAGGAGAAUAGUUCAGAGUAUAGCAGUUCUGCCGAAGGUACGCCACCCCAAUGCAAAAGACCACGCAAGUGUUGGAAAGCCAAGAAGAAGCAUUCCUCUUCUGAUACCAGCCCUAAUAUUUGCAGCUCGGAGGAUGUAACCAAAUGUUAUACAGGACCGCAAUCCCUUUCUGUCAAAGCUGUUUCCAAAAACGUAAGCGGCCAUAGACUAUACAAUAAGAAACAGUACUGCCUGUACUGUAGCAGGCCUGUUGUGAAAAUGGCCAGACAUUUAGAACAAGUUCAUUCUGAAGAGAAAGAAGUUGCCGAAGCUCUGCAAUUCCCGAAAAACUCCAAAGAGAGGAAGAAACAAUUAGAGCAUCUGAGAAACCGAGGCAAUUUUGUCCAUAACCGUGAAGUAAUCCAGAAUGGAAGUGGAGACCUUAUCCCAUGCAAACAACCCCAGAAACCAAUGGACUCCAAAGACUUCAUGCACUGUGCCAACUGCCAAGGACUCUUUGUAAGGAAGUUUCUUUGGUGUCAUAUGAAACGCUGUAAAUUAAAAACCUUAGAUGAAGCCACAUCAAAACCAGGAAAGAACAGAGCGCAGUCCACGUGUGCAUUUGCAAGUCCUAUGCCACCUGGGGUUAGCAGUGGGUUAUGGAAGAUCUUGAGUGUUAUGGUGCAUGACGAGGUUCUACUGGCAAUAAAAUCUGACCCUUUCAUUAUACAGCUGGGCGAACACCUUUAUGACAAGGUGGGGUCAGAUGCUAACAAGUAUGAGUAUGUUCGGCAGAAAUUAAGGGAGGUCGGCAGACUACUGUGUGAAGCCAGAAAGAUGACUCCUCUGCGUACAAUGGAAGACUUUGUCAAUCCAGCAAAUUUUAAUCAUGUAGUUUGUUCUGUAAAGAACAUUUGUGGUUAUAAUGAAGGUACGUGCACCUUCAAAACUCCAUCCCUUGCACUAAAGCUUGGUCACAGCUUACAGAAGAUUUCUUGUCUUGUGGAAAGUCGAGCAAUGACGCAAAGCAACAGCACCAUGGCCAAGACUGCACGAAAUUUCAGACGGAUGUACGGAACAAGGUGGAGCAAAAUGAUUUCCUCAAAUGCCUUGAAGAUGCUACGGGACAUCACAUGGAACGUGCCACAAGUCUUGCCCUUUACUGAAGAUGUUAGGAAGAUGCACGUGUAUCUAGAUGAAAAGCAAGAGGAAUACUAUGAGAAGCUAAUGAAGGAAGUUUCUGGAAGUAACUGGACAAUGCUUUCUAAGGUUACACUGGCGCAGGUGAUUCUGUUUAAUCGAAAACAAAAGGGUGAAGUUUCAGGGAUGCUGCUGUCCACAUUUUCUUGCAGGGAUAAAACCGUCUUGCACGAAGAUAACGCUCUAGAUCUCCCCGAGUUGGAGAAAAGACUUUACCAGCACUUCACCCGACUUGAAAUCCAAGGUAAGAAAGGAAGAAAGGUGCCAAUUCUACUGACUCCUGCAGUGCAGCGAGCAAUGGAUCUACUUGUAGACAAGAGGCAGAGCUGUGGAGUUUCCCGAGAGAACAUUUACAUGUUUGCAAGGCCAUCUGCACUGUCGCAUCUCCGAGGAUCUGACUGUAUCCGAGUGGUCGCAAAUGAAUGCGGAGCAAAAGAUCCCAGCGCCUUGACAUUGGCUAAAUUUGGUAAGCAUGUGGCGACAUUGUCCAAAGCUCUCAGCUUAAAUGAUGCACAACUAGACCAGAUAGCCGACUUCCUGGGACACGACGUACCAGUUUGCCGACAAUAUUAUCGUCUUCCAGAAGGAACAUUACACCUGGCUAAAAUAAGUAAAUUGCUGAUGGCUCUCGAAAAAGGAAACCUAGGAGAGUUCAAAGGAAAGAAAAUGGAGGAGAUUGACAUUGAUCCCGAUGGUCUUCUUCAAGUACAUAGUGACCAUUCAGGAAGUGAGGAUGAGUUGGGAGAUGACGAGGAAAACCAAGGUCUUGACAAAUCAAAGAGGAGAAAAUGCUGUAAACCUUAUAAAAACGUGAAAAAGAGAAAAUGGGACGACUCUGAGGUGAAAGCCGUUGAGAAGCACUUGGGAAAGUUCAUCCGCACGUGCAAAGUGCCAGGAAAGAGGGAAUGCGAGCGAUGUCUGACGGCCGAGCCCGAGGUAUUGAGAAACAGAGACUGGAGGGGCGUCAAGUUUUUUGUUAAGAACCGAAUUACUGCAUUGAGGAAGAAACUCUGAAACAAAUAAAUCUCUGUGAACGGUACUUGCAUGCAGCAUCCCGACCAGUGUCUGGAUAUACUGGACGUGGUAUUUCAAGAGUUGCAGGUUUAGGUUUUUCAUUUUUUGAUAAUUGAUUUGCUACAUAACAGCAGGGCUGCUUAGUCCAUUUGUUGUGAUGAUCUGUGUAUUAAGAAUUUUUAAGGUAAUACCAAAAGCAAAAUUUCUUUACAAAUAUUACAUAUUCUAUAGUUCCUGUACCUGGGUCCAUGGCAUCCCGCCACAGGGCCUGAACUAGUUGAGCUAAAGGAGAAUCCUUUACCAUUCCUGUUGUGCACACAAGCAGCUUGUUGUGCGGUUGUUCUAAUGUUCUCCAAGUGUAAAAUCUGACAUUUAGGCUUCCUUUGGCAAAAACUUGCUGUUGCUGGAACCACAAUGUCAUUCCUUUGGAGUUUUGCUCAUUUCUAGGCUCAGACCCUGGUCUCUGGCAUUGCGCUACUUGCAGCUUUACUGGCUGAACUAAAGGAAGACCCCUGUAGCUGGGGAAGCCAACACCCCUGUUAUGCACUCCAUUGACUCGUACAACAUUGUCCAGUGGCAAGUUGUUGCAUUGCUUGCCCUCAAGGGGGUCAGCUGGGGUGGUCCUAUCCAGAAAUAGGCAAUUCACUCCCGGCUUCAAUGUAAUUUUCUCAGGUUUCCUUGAAGUUUCUACCCUUACCAAGGAUUGAACCCGUGUCUUUGACAUUCCACAAGACCUUUUGUGAUGGAAUGUCAGAUGCCCAGGAUUCAAACCUUGGAAUGGUCAGAAACCUCAUGGAACCCCGAUAUCAUUCUGUUGGCUUCAGCAAUGUUGGGGGAUACCCCAGGACAGGGACUGGGUUGCCUGACUACUUGAGGGGGAAUAAGUGUGCCAAGUUGCCAUUGUAUAAUGAUGUGUGACCAGUAGGGGUCCCCCACAGAGCCCCUCAAACACAUCAACACAAGCUCCAGGUUCAUAUACUUUCUUUGCUGAAGAUAUUUGUUAAAAUAAUGCUUUAUAUUGCUAACGGAAAACACUGAAACACAAUUCUCUUCACUUUCUUCCUCUCCUUCCACUCCUCCAGUGUAGCUUCAUCCUCCACCUCUCCAUUCUGACUUCCUGAGGUCAGUCAUUGGAGCCCCCUUUCUGCCAGAGCUGGGAGUACUUUCAGUGUUACAGCGCUGCAUGUUGGGAGCGCCUCCGGGUCAGGCAAGAGCUUCUUAAAGUAAGGAGCAGUCCUGGAAUCCCAACAGGCCUGUCUCGCGGGACUACAAUUCCCAGCCUGCCCUGCGGGUAUCCGUGCUGGCACCCCACUCUCCUACUGUCCCUCCACUGGGCACUUUGAACCAUCCUGCCGGUCUGCCACCACAUGCUUUGUGUCCAUACCACAGGGAUGUUGGGUGCUUCUUUAGUUCAGCCAUAAGCUCCAGUAGUACGAUGCCACAGACCUAGAUUUGCUUCAAGAUACAAGCAGGAUUCCAAAGGAAUUGAAGGUGCGGAAACAUGCAUGUCAGCCCACCAGUGAGUCGAUUAGACAUCCGUGUUCAUAGUUGCUCGUUUGUAAAAGUUUAAUGCUGGAGAAGUAUCUGGAACUACUA